AUGUUUCGCACUUUACGCUCGCAACUAUCCCUCUGGGCCUCAUCAACAGCACAGGUCCCUACUCCGUGGCAGGCUUCCUUCCUUCCACCAACAGUUGGCCGAAGAUGGUUCAGUGCAGAUGAACACGAACUCGCACAGCUACGGUACGAUCCUUCGCCUGUUCUCAUCCUCCAAACGCUCAUAGAUUAUGACAGGAAAUGGAAAGCAUCGUUCAAUCCAGAAAUCAUUCCUCGGGACAAGUGUGAAAUUCGUUUCGAUCGCUCUAGCGGUCCUGGCGGGCAGAACGUGAACAAACUGAACACCAAGGCUACAGUUCGGCUGGAACUCAGAAAAGCUUCAUUCCUCCCGAAGCAAGUCAUCGAAGCAAUCAAGACGUCACAUUCAACGAAGCAAUACCUGACUUCAGACAACGAACUCGUGAUCCAAUCCCAAGCUUCACGAACACAGGCAGCAAACCUCGAAGACGCUUAUCGAAAAUUAUACGACAUCAUCCGAGAAUGUGUAGAAAUUCCAGGCGAAACAAGUCAAGAACAGAAAGACAAGGUCAAGAACCUAGCAAGGAGGGACAAUGAACGAAGGCUGAAGGAGAAGAAAAGGUUCAGCGACAAGAAGAGUUCGCGAAGAUCAAAAGGUGAUGAUUACUAG